GUUGUCAAGAAUGUUCCUCCUUAGCCACUCUCCUGCGAGUUAACGAGCAAAUAUGCGCGCAAUCAUGUGCCUUCCUGCGCGAGAAGGGUGUUUCUCUCUUUUCGCCAAACCCACGAAAGAGAGAACCGGAGGGAGGGAGGAGAACAGCCAAUUGAAGCCGAGCAAUCGCACGUCGAGAGCAUAACUGCUUUGCAUCAGCCCAGCACUAACUGUAACUCUCAGCGGGUCUUGCUUCGAAGGAAUUAGUCUGCAGAACAAGAACACAAAAAAAAUAAAAUAAAAUAUCUGUGCAGCAUUUGCUUGUGACUUGCCCGCUCGGCCUGGAAAGCAAGCGUUCGCCGGAGAGACGUCUCUGAAAGUAGAAGGAAACAUGGUGAUUAAAGUUUACAUAGCAUCAUCGUCUGGGUCCACCUCGAUUAAGAAGCAGCAGCAGGAUGUGAUGGGGUUCCUGGCAGCCAAUAAGAUCGAGUUUGAGGAGUGCGACAUCGCCGCCAACGAGGACAACAGGAAGUGGAUGAGGGAGAAUGUUCCGGAGAGCUUCCGACCCGCCACUGGGAACCCCCUGCCCCCCCAGAUCUUCAACGAGGAGCGAUACUGUGGGAAUUACCAAGCCUUCUUCGACGCCAGGGAAGAUAACGCGGUCUACGCCUUCCUAGGUCUGACUGCUCCCCCGGGGUCGAAGGAAGCCGUGGCCCUGGCCAGGCAGCAGCAGGAACAGCAGCAGUAGCAGACAAGCACCUUCCUCGGCAAUCGGCGCCCUCUCCUGUCAAUGUGUAGUACUGCAGCCACAGCAGCGACGUCAGGGAGAACCCGUGCUGAGAUGACCCUAUUUAGCAGUGUUUCCAUCCAUCAUAACCUGCUUCUUUUUAUAUAUAUAUAACUUUUCCCCUGUUUUCUAUUUAAAAAAAAGAAAAGGCAAGCCAAAAUAUAUUUUUGUUAGAGGGAGAGGGGGAACAAAAUAUAUAUUUUUCGUUAUUGUUAAUUUUGUAUCCAGCGUCUUAUAAUAAUAAAAGGUAGGUACAAACAUGCCCCCAUAGAUUGCACGACUUUAUUGCACUAAUAAUCUUCUGUUCAUUUAAACAGAGGCUAUCCACAAUACCUAAAACAACAGAAUUCCCUGAGACGUGAUGUGGUUUUGGAUUCUAAGGGUUUGUGGUCUCUGCUUUACCCGAUGGUGGAUAAUUUAAGGCUCUGUAGGUCUGUUUAACCACUGAACUCCACAGGUCCCAUAUGAUUAGAAAAAAAUGUCUCUGCCGUGUCUCUGGAGGCGGUGUGACUCUUUCUCUUGGUUCUGUCCCUACGAAUUUGAAAGUCGGGGCCUUUCAAAAAAUUAGCACAUGCUUCAUACACAGGGUUCAGUUCUGGUGCCUUCAGAGACCCCAGAACAGGCUUUUUCAGGGCUGUCCAUCUGACCCACUGCCCUGCAGGGUCCUGGAUGCAGUUCUCUUGCACAAGAGUCAGAUUAAAUUUGGUGGGGAGUCCAGUCUCAAAGACGACGCACAACGCUAUUUGGGGGCCUCCCAUUUGAACUUCCUGGGGCCCGGGUUCAGGCUCAAGUCAAAUUGAAGAUUUUUACAAUCCCACCCCGCCUGCUCAGUCCCCCACAUGUGAAAUCCAAACUCCUCGCCGGAUUUGCUGGGCUUUGCCGCGAUCACGGGACAGCUGGCACCGACAGCUGGAUUCAGAGCUCGGUGACUGGCACCGAAAGGUGAGGGCUUGCUUUGAUCUGGGCCCGGUGAGUGAAUCCACCUGCUGAUGAAUAUGUCAACCACAGGAAGACCUGGAAUUUCUAGCUGCAGUCUGGGAGUCCUAUCAUUUCAAAAGCUGACAGAAUCAAAAGCCUUAAGCUGUAGGACACCUUGGGUUUUGUCUCCAGUUUGCGGCAGCAGAUUGGUGUGCUGCCAUGAAGCGGUCUGUAGUCAGUUUCCGCCUGUUCAUUUCCAGUGACAGUGAUGUCUUGCUGAUUAUUUGUGUCUCAUCUGUACAUUGUGUCUGGGCUCUGGGCUGCUGUCCUUUGCUUUGUUCAUGAUAAAGCUUCCAUGUUGAGUGCCA